GAACCGCAACAAUUGUUAAUUGUGAACUAGCGCCAAGUGAAAACAAUUUUCGAAAAAAACAGCUUCUGCUGCUAAGUAAAAAUUACAACAAUUUGCUUGUCUGUAUAUGAAAAUAGUUAAAUAGGGUGCAUUAGUGUGCUAUAAUGAGUGCGCAUAGAAAAGACAGUGGUUACCCCUCAACGAACAGCAACCACAGCAUCAACAACAACAAAAACAACAACCAGAAUGGCGAUUCCCCGUUGCACACAGUGGGAUCGGGGCAACAACAACAGGACGCUGCGUUUGCGCAAUCAAUUGGCUAUGUGCGUGAGUUUCGCAGCCAGGCGGCAGCUUAUCAUCAGCUGAAGUCGGAGGAGUCGCUGGUGCACCUGCAACGCAGCAUUGCCUUGUUGGGCACAAAGGUGGCGCCGCAUUGUUAUGCUGCCGGACCCGGCAACGUGGAGCUGUCCAAGUUCUUUGUGGAGUUGCAUGCACUGAUGAGCACCUUGGAUGCCGAUGGCGAUGCACUGUGGGCGUGUGUGUCCCUGUUGCAGCACUGCAGUCGCAACUUGGAUGCACGCCUGGACAUUGUCCAGAAAUAUUGUUUUGUACCACUGUUGAGUAAUCUGCUGAAGCGUACAACACGGCCGGAGCGUGUGCAGCGGUUGUUGUUGCUGCUGCAGGACUUGAGCUACGGCAUACGCAUCAGCUGGGAGGAGCCGUACUUGGUGGUGCUGCUGGAGCAUCUGGUGGAUCUGGUGCACAGCGUGGAGGAGUGCGAUGCCAAUAGCACGGACGUGGAUAGCUCACAUGCCCGGCUGGCGUUGUCCAUACUCAUCAAUCUUUGCUAUAAGAACUUUGUGGUGCUCUUCCUCUUUCUGCGCAGCGUCAACAUCUCGCACUUCAGUCGACGCAUCCAGAACUAUGGCCUGUUGGCCUACAAGAUGCUCAUCAUACUCACCGAGGAUGUGCACGCCUUGGAGCAGCGGGAAUUGCAUACGUUUCUGCGCACCGCCUUUGCCGGCAUAGAGGAUUGCCUGAAGCAGUGGCAUGUGCCACAGCUGCGGCACAUUGUGGACAUUCUGUUGGACGCACAAUGCCACACGGGAUUGCAUCGUGCCAUGCUCAGUCACACACACUUCUGCGAGGACAUCGAGCGUUUGCUAAAUCAAAUUGAGGCACGUCAGCACAUGGAUGAUGCCAACGAGGAUGCACGCAAGCAUCAGCAAUACUGCAUGCAGCUAAUCUUUCAGCUCAUUGGCUAUGUACUCGAGUUGUCACAGGACAACGAAUGCAUCAGCCUGGACGCCAUUAUGCCGCGUCUCUAUGAGCUCCUCUGCAAUUGGCUCGAAUCCGAGCUGUGUGGCGCGGCGGCCAUUGAGCUGCUGACCUCGCUGCUGCGGCUGGGCAAACGUGCCGCCCUCACGCAGCUAAUUGCCCGCGAACCCGCCCAGAUUGUCGAGCUGAUCCACAGCGCCGUGCGUCCCAAUACAAAGCCUGCCCAGGUCACUGCCACACUGCGACUGCUGCUCACACUGCUGAGCGAAUCCAAGACCGAGAAACUGGUGCUUUCCAAAAUCUCCGAUUCAUAUUUUGAUAAGAUUUUGUCAGCAACGCUGUCGCUGCUGCCACAAAUGCUCAGCGUCCAGACACUGGCUCCGUCGGAGGUGGAGAAGGCCAUCUUUGGAAUGCUGCUGCUGAUCAACUUUGCCAGCAUUGCCAAGAAGGCGUACUUCGACAAGUGCUGUGCUCUCCUCGAGCUGCCACAGCUGCAAUAUGCCUUGGCCCGCGCCAUGCUCAGUGGCAAUGAGCACCUGGUCACGGCUGCUCUACAAAUAGCACAAUUCGAGCAUUUCCCCAAGGCGGCGGUGGCAAAGUACGUAUCCAGCAUUAGCAACAGCAGCAACAACAAUGCCAACGCCAAUGCCACGCCCACAACCAGCAAUGAGCAGGCGGAUCAGUGGCACAAUCUGAGCGCCAUUCUAAAGAGUCAUCGCACCCUGAUUGACAAGGAGAUGGGGCAGCGUGUGAAUGCGCUUAUCGAGAGCAUUGGCGACACAUUGCGUCGCAAUGAGCUGCACUCGGCGCCCGUUUCUCAGGUGAUUGAGUUGUAUAACCAUCGCAUCGAGAGUCUCAAUUGUGCCACGCACAGCAUGCAACAGCGUCUGGAGCAGGCGAGUGUCCAGUUAAGCAACAUGACGCAAUUGACAAAUGUCCAAAAUGCCGAGCUGGAACGAUUUCAGACAAAAAACUUUGAGCUGCUCAUUAGUCAGGAGCGUUUGCAAACGCAGUGCAAGGAUCUCAAAGCUCAGGCGACACGGUUAAAAGAAAAUAUGAGUAAUCUGCUUAAGAGUUUGUCGGAAACCUCCGAGCAGCUGCAGACCAACGAGCGACGGCUCUCCGUCAAGCAAUCGGAGAUCGCAGGACUGCAAAAGGAUUGCGAAGAACUGCGCAACAAUCUCAGUGCAAAGAACGAGGAACUGUCAAAGCUGGAAGCUCUCCGAAAAGAUAAUAGCAUACGCAUCGAGAAGCUCAAGGAAUCGGUUAAUGCCUACGAGCUGAACAUAAAGGAUAAACUGCGUGCCAUUGAGGAACGCAACACAGAGUUAGCCAAAACCCACAAAGCGUUAGAAGAGCAGCGUGAGGCACGCAAGAAGUUCGAGGAUUUAGUUAGCGUACUCGAAACGCAGCUGCAGGAGAAAAAGGAACAAAUCGAGAAUCUCGAAUCGGAGCAAAGAGAAAUGGAAGAUGUGCGUAAGAACAUCUUAAGUCUAAUGGAGAGCAAAAAGCCGAGACGAAAGCCAUAAGCCAUAAUUGACUCGAAUUUGUUUUUAGUUAGAAAUAAGACAGUACUACAUUAAUUU